CGAGGGCUACAGCCAUGCUGAGUGAGGCGGCUGGGCAAUCCGAUGUGCGAAGUUCCAAGGCGUUCACUGCGUCACUACAACCCGCGCCUUGGAAAGUUGCCAAAGUCCCAGAAAAAAUCGGCCAGCGAUGCGCUGGCGAUUCUUCGAGAAAUGCAGCAGGUGGUUGUUCGAACUGAUGAGAUAAGUCUGAACUCUGCAAUCAGUGCCUGCGGUGCUGUGUGGUGGCAGUCCCUUCAAUUGUUGUGGGACAUGCCACAGCUGGAUCUGCGUCGAGACGUCCGAAGCUUCGCCAUGCCAAAGUCCAUGCCAUGGGCAACGAGCGUCCAAUUGCUGCUGACCAUGGAGAAGGUGCAGAUCCCUCCCAAUCAGAUCACCUUCAGUGCCAUCCUUCCCGCCCAACACUGGCACUGUGCCCUGGACCUCUGCAUGGCCAGCCUACAGUCAGACAUCGUAAUGGACAGGGUCACCUUCGAGGCAGUCAUCAGGAGCUGUGGCCAACAUUGGCCGCGGAGCCAUGCCCUACUGAUGUCCAUGCGUGUCCAGAUUGUUUCAGCAAAUCGUAUGACAUACAACUCGAUCCUGAAUAGCCUCAAGGGUCACUGGGAACUUGCUCUGAGAAUUCUUGAGGCAAUGCCAUCUUUGGAAGUCCAGCCAGACACAGUUAGCUACAGUCUUGGGGCCACAGAGUGGCGAUGGGCGAAUGCUCUGAUUCAAGCAAUGCCUUCACGCUCGCUGCGUGUUGAUGCCUUGGGACUUCGUCAGGCUGCCAUGUCAGGCCCUUGGCGACCUGCUUUGGAGUUGCUGCAAUCUCUACCAGAGGACUCGCAGGUUGCAUUGUCGGCAAGCUAUGCCUCUGUUCUCCUGUGGCAGCAGGCCCUGGCAGUUUCUGAGUCUCAGGUAUUGGGGUUCAACUUGCUCCUAAAAUCCAUGGAUGGAGCGCAAUGGCAAAGUGCCAGCCAUAUUCUCCUGCAAAUGGCAUCGUCACAAGUGCAGGCAAACAUGGUGACUUACAACACGUUCUUGAGCACACUCAGUUGGCAGCAGGCACUGGUGUGGCUCCAGCGCUUAAGCAUCGAUCAAACUAUCAACUUUGACUUGGUGACAUUCGGCACCAUCAUUCGCAGUUGCGCAGAUGGUCAGCAAUGGAGGUGGGCCCUGCAUUUCCUACACUGCAUCGGCACGGCUCGGCUGCAGUGUAGCCUGGUGCUUUGCAACGCAGCGCUGUCCGCCUGCGCUUGGCACCGGAGCCUCUGGCUGCUGAAGGACCUGUGGAAUCAGCAGCUGGUGCCAGAUGUGGUGAGUAUCAACACAGUUCUGAACUCUUUCAGCUCGGAUUCCUCCGCGGCAACUGGACUUAGACCCUGGCAACUGGCUGUUCAGCUAAUUGGCACAGCUUUUCUGGGGCUCAGGUUGGAUGACACGAGCCUCACCAUGUCCAGCAUGGCUUUGUCUCGUGCCACGCAGUGGUGCCGGUCCUUGCAGUCCUUGGACCUGGGCAGUGCAAGGCUGCGGCAUGUGGCUAUGGGUGCCUGUGAAGGCCUGGGACGAUGGCGGCAUGCCUUGCGACUUUUGCCACAGGACAGCACAGAGGUGUCCUUCAACACGGGCAUCAGCGCCUGUGAAAAGGGUGGUGCCUGGCAAAGCAGUUUGCAGCUGCUGCAGAUGAUGUCAGCUGUGCGAUUGGUGCCUGAUGUGAUCGGUUUCAGCAGUGCAAUCAGCGCCAGCGAAAAACGGCACCAAUGGCGUGUUGCAGUUCGGCUUCUCGAGGUGAUGCUGGUAGCUGAAGUCCUCCCUAAUAUCAUCAGCUAUAACAGUGCCCUGCGAGCCGUGCAAUCCGCGCAUUGGCCAAUUGCGUUGAUCUUGUUCGAGAGCAUGGUCCGAAACAGGAUGCAUAACCUCAUCGGCUCCAACAGCGCUCUUCUGGCUUGUGAGCAAGGAUCCUGUUACCGCCUGGCAACCGUCCUCCUGAACACUGACCUGCCUAGACUGUGCUUCCAAAUGAUGGCGGCUCGAAGCGAGUGCCCAGCGAAGCAAACAGCGCUUGUUCGGAGCGAAACCGGAGAAUUUUAAGAUAUUUC